AUGUGCAUGGACGUGGUCGGCCGAAUGUAUCUGAAAGAGAUCCAUUACCUCGGCAGGAAACUCAAGAGCAGCAAUCCAUUCUACCUGAUAAGAGAAGCAAAAGCACGACGAAGACGUGCCGCGAUGGCAUCGUUGUUGACACAAAUCGCCAGAGGAAUGAUAUUUGCCCAUAGGGACUACAACGAACUGCCGCGAAAGAAAUCUAAGAAGAAGCGGGCAAAGCGACGCGGAAGUCAUCUCUUGCCGAAUGAAAAAUUCAUGUUUGCCCGUCUGCCUCCUGAUCCUCCAUCAGAUUGCCAGGUGGUCAGUACUUCUGCGUAUUCGGUACGAAUUGCGUGGGCGCCAGCAUUUUCAACGGAGUCAGAUCUCACCUACAACAUUCGUUAUCGCCUCAAACAUAACGAGGACGCAAAAGUCCGUGAACUGCGCGGAGUCAAGGGUAACACUGUCGAGAUUAUGAGCGUGGACUCGUGCUCCCUCUAUGAGUUCCGUAUCACCGCUGUCAGCAAAUACGGUGAAAGCAAACCAAUCUACCUGGUACAGUACACAGAGCCACAACUCAGCCCUCAGCAUAUCUUGGCCACCAAGCUUCAUGCGAACGUUAUCGAGUUGACCUGGGAGCCACCGUAUAAGCGAACGCACGACGUGAAGAACUAUAUAGUCUAUUUUACUGAAAAUCCGAAUGCAUCACUAUCGGAAUGGGAGAAGAUCCCAGUCAACGGCAGACGGGUUGUGUUUCCCGACCUCCGAUACGAUUGGUUCUACAUGUUCAGCGCCACAGCGGUUUUCAAGGAUGGCCAACGGUCACCGCUCUCUCGAGCACUGUUCAUCAAAACCGACAAAUUGGAGUUCCAUAAGCAGUGUGUCGGUCAGUCACGAACCAUUGCGGUAAUGGAUUCCAUUUGCGAUCGGAUCGAGGAAAGUGAAACGACCGCUCCUGCUUCAAACGGACUAUGCAUCGUUUGCAGUCUAACACGAGACAAUGCUCAGUGA